UCGCUGCUUCACGGUGUCCUCUCCUCUUGUCGCUUUAUUGAUUCAGCUCGCUGAUCGUUAGCUUUUGUGUCAGGAUGGUUACUGUGUUGUGUGAGUGUGUGUCCGUUGUUUCUGGUUAAGUUUAUCUGGCACUUGGCGGCUUUCAUGUUCCGUGCGGCGAAUCUUAAAACCAUCGGCAAAGCGGGAACCGGCUGGCACUUUCGCCGGACGAUGGACGAGCUGGUCCACGAUCUGGUGUCAGCGCUGGAGGAGAGCUCUGAACAGGCUGCUCGGGGUGGUUUUGGUGACGGGGGAGACCAUGCACUGACUGUCGGCUGUCUGCUGAAGAGGCAAGCCCGGAAGCGCAGGGGGAGAAAACGACGCUCGGACAACCCGCACCCGCCGUGGGAGACUGGCCAUCUCAGCGAGGGGUCAGAGUCCAGUGUGGAAGAACACAAGGACUACCGUGCCAGCACGGGGGGAGUCUCUGCUGCCAACAGCCAUGGCCGGGACAACAGCGACUCAGAUGAACAACUUGGCCCCAAACGGCGAACCCUCCUGACAGCCGACACCGGACGAAACAAGCGACCUCUUUGGCCGGACGACCUUGGUGGCCUGGGAUCUGCAGAGGGAACUCGCAGCCUUAGACGGAGACGAAAGGUCAAACGCAUGGCUGUGGACCCACCUGCAGAACCAGAACUCCCCUCCUCCACCAUGCUGGGGCCCCCACCUGUCCCCAAAGCCCGCCCUGGCAGCAGGCCGCACAGACUGGGUGCGACUGAGGGAAGGGGUGUCAUGGAACUCUGCGGGGGAGGGCCAGUCGGGCCAGGGGUCGGAAAGAACAGAGUGAAGAAGAGGAAACUGGCCACACACAGGCUCGGGCUGGAGGCUGCAGAUGAAGGGGUGGUGGUGGAGAGCGAGGACCCCAUCGCAUCUCCAACAGAAGGGUGCAAGGACAAGAUGGAGUUGGAGGAACAAAAGGGCUCGGAUGAAGACAUGAGUGACAGGUGUGAGACAAGCAGUGUCAGUAACAGCAGUGACGGAGGCCUCUACACCAAUGAUGAAGGAAGGCAAGCUGAUGACGAGCAGAGUGACUGGUUCUACGAGGGGGAGCCUGGGACUGGGUCAGCACCUGGAGGUGCCUGUGGGAUUGCAGGAGUGGUUCCCUGGUGGGAGAGGGAGACUGGGUCAGAGGAGCUGGACCUAGCCGACCCUGUGUUCAACAGCAUCCUCACCGGAUCAUUUCCCCUCAUGAGCCCUGCAGCACAGAGAGGGUUUCAGGCUAGGCUGAGUCGUCUCCAUGGAAACCAGCAGGCGUCUGAGGCGGGGCUGCAGGGUGGCUCCAGCCAAAGCUUUCAUGACAGACUGGGCAGACAGAGCCAAGACUCCCAUGAGCCUUGGUUUAGCUCUGGCUCAAGGAGAGACCACGGACAGUUGCACUGGGACCCGCGGUCAGACAGAGGGCAUCGCAGAAGCUGUUCAGUAAAAACAGCCAGCAGACAGACCAGCGGGCACCUGGGCUCUCUGUGUACAGGGGAUGUCAAGCGGAGGCGAAAAGCAGCCCCCCUCUGUGCCGGAGCCCCCUCAGGCGUGGUCGGGGAGAACGCUCCUCCGAUCCCAGACUCGAACAUGGGGAGCCGCAUGAUGCAGAGCAUGGGCUGGAGCCCGGGGAUGGGCCUGGGUCCAGAGGGCAGGGGUAUCACAGAGCCGAUCCGGGCUUCACAGAGACCCAAAGGCACAGGUCUGGGUUUCAACUGACAACUGGUCUCUGGAUCCUUACACUGUAACAGUCUGCCACAGGAGACCAAAAGAGCUACAAGAUAAUGUGCUGCUCAGGGGAGAGAAUGAUGGAAAUAAAAAAAAAAAAGAUCCAGGAUAAUCCAGGCAUGUGAAUCCUUAAGAAGGGAAGGAAUGAGACUCUUUCUGGCAACAGAGUCUGUGAUUAAAAAGAAACUUUCCCAUAUUGGGGAAACAGUGAUAUCCUCACUGACUGUUCACACAAACACAGAGAAUGACCAGGAAAAAGUAAAAGCCUAAAAUUAAGCAGGGGAAAAACACUUCCUAAUUCUCCUAAAGCUCCAUGACUGACUUUGAUGCCUCGUGUUUAAUGUGUGAGGCUGGAAUGCUGCAUCAGCCUUGUUACCUCAGAUGAUACUGUUUCAGAUAGAAACCAGGGUUCAUGUAACCAGUGACAAGAGUGUGGUUUGUUUUCAGUUAGCAGUCAAAGUUAAUGCAAUGAAGAUGAAUGGUUUUGUCUCAUAUAACACAGGAAUUGUGGAAGACUAUUUCAGUAGGUCACACAUCAAGAUUGAUUCUAGGUUAUUUUUUAAUGUAAUGAAGUUCAGAUACACUGUAUGAAUGUGUGUUGGAAUAUCUGGAUGAUUUUCCAAUAUUUUAUUUUUCAUUUAAUAGUUGAAGUAAUGUCAUCAGAGUGUUUUUAUCUAUCAGAAAAACUAACAAGAUAAAAAAUCCAAACCAAAUUUUCCUCUCAUUUACAACCGCUUGUGUCUGCAUGUGCCGUUGGAGCUGCUGCUGAGGUUUAGACUUUGUAGGACUACAACCUAAAAAUGGAUCAGGCUACCAUAACCCACUGACGAGCAGUAUGUUAUGAAACAACAGUACGAGCCUAAGAUCACGAAACGUUCCAAGUUUUAAAAACAAGGUUUGGAAAUUCAAGUGUUACACAGAAAAUUAAAAGAAAAUGUCGGUGUUUACAUUCAUUUUAAAUGUUAAACGAAGGAAGGAUUGUUGUCAUAAUAUGCAUUUAAAGUCAACCUGUGUUUUUACUUCAGUAAUAUCAGACUCUCUUCUCACUCAGAGAGAGUAGCAACCAGGCCGUGGGGAAAACACGUUUUGGACUGUGCAGAGCCUUUGACUACAUACCAAUAAAAAAAAUUAGAAGUGUUAAGUUUAAUUUUUCUUUUACCCAUUGUCAUUUAUUUGAUCGUAUUAUUGUUUAUUGUGGCAUUAGAUUUCCAGAUAAUGUCAGCAACCAUAUAUUGUCCUCACUUAAGAUUUGAAGUAACUUUAAGUGUAGGUGGUGAGAUCAAGCUGUUGGAACAAAUGAAAUCAAGAAUAAAAACAUGUGCAGGAAGUUGUACUUGAACUAUA